UUUAGGCAAGCUGACAUGCAUCGGGAAAUCUGACCAAACAAUCAGAGGUAGAAGAGGAAGAAAGGCCAGGAAAGAGGGAGGGGAUGAAAUCAAGCCGUUCACUUUGUAUUUUACCCCAGAAAACAGCUCGCAAUUAUAAUUACCCACCUUGUUCUGCAGCUCAGAAUAAAAGUGACGUUGCACCAAACCCUACCCAAGCAGCUUGUCCUGAUUAGAAAGUACUCCACACCUUGGAGAACCAAGGAGACACGAGCGAGCGCAAUUUUAAAUGCAAAUUAAACUGAGGGGGUAGCAGAGAGAACACAUAAAAGACAGUAAAACAAAACCUUUCAGUUUUCUUAAAUUAGCAGUCUAAUGUGUUCUAAAGAGCAGCUCCCCUCAGAUCUCCUCUUAGGGGUUGCAUUUCAUCACAAUAUAAAACGGGCAGAUCCGUCACUUGCCUCUGCUCGGUGCUCUUGAAUUGAGAUUGAAGGGAAAAUUAGAAGCUGUUCAUUUGGGCUUCUGGGCUCAGCAGCGUCACACAGCUUCGUCUCAUGCUCAGCCGUGUCCUGUCGAAAGGGGCCAACAAGUGCUGGCAAUACAAGUGACUAUUUUGCCUUAAAACUCUUGUUUCGGGAACAUCAAGCAUGGAUUAUCCCAAAAUGGAUUAUUUUCUGGAUGUGGAGUCUGCUCCCAGACUCUUGGAUGUUGAGUCGGCUCAGAGAUUCUUCUACAGCCAAGGAGCUCAAGCUCGCCGGGCGACCCUGCUCCUGCCUCCCACCUUAAUGGCGGCAUCUUCGGAGGACGAUAUAGACCGGCGGCCCAUCAGAAGAGUCCGCUCCAAGAGCGACACGCCGUACCUCGCCGAGGCCAGGAUCUCCUUUAACCUGGGGGCAGCUGAGGAAGUGGAGAGGCUGGCGGCCAUGCGUUCUGACUCCCUCGUCCCAGGCACCCACACCCCACCCAUCCGGAGGAGAAGUAAGUUUGCCAACCUAGGAAGGAUCUUCAAGCCUUGGAAAUGGAGGAAGAAGAAAAGUGAAAAGUUCAAACACACGUCUGCAGCCCUGGAAAGGAAAAUAUCCAUGAGGCAAAGCAGAGAGGAGCUGAUAAAACGAGGGGUCUUGAAGGAAAUCUAUGAUAAAGACGGGGAGCUCUCCAUAUCGAAUGAAGAUGACUCCCUGGAAAACGGGCAGUCCCUGAGCUCCAGCCAGCUGUCUCUGCCCGCCCUGUCUGAAAUGGAGCCAGUCCCGAUGCCCAGGGAUCCCUGCUCAUACGAGGUGCUCCAACCUGCCGACAUCAUGGAUGGGACAGUGUCCGAAGAGAGUCCCUCUGCCAGUGAGUCUGCAGCCCUCCUGUCCCAAGAUCCUUCAGCCAAACCAGUCCUGUUCCUGCCCCCCAAAAAACCUGCUGCUUCCCCCGGAGACCACGAGGACACCCCCGUGAAGCAGCUCUCUCUCCUCAAGCAGCCCCCCGCCCUGCCUCCCAAACCCACUGCCAGGAUUGGCAACCACUUACCAGAUCCUGGCGCCCCCGUGAAAUUGCCUUGCCUGCCAGUGAAGCUGUCGCCUCCGCUACCUCCAAAGAAAGUCAUGAUCUGCAUGCCUGUGGGGGGGCCAGAGCUCUCCCUGGCGUCCUACGCCGCCCAGAAGAGUGGCCCGCAGGGGGGCGCCCAGCACCUCCACACCGUCCUGCCCUCCCAGAUCCAGCACCAGCUGCAGUACGGCAGCCUGGGCCAGCACCUCCCCUCCGCCACCGGCUCCCUCCCCCUGCACCCCUCGGGCUGCAGGAUGAUCGAGGAGCUGAACAAAACGCUGGCCAUGACCAUGCAGAGGCUGGAAAGCUCAGAGCAGCGGGUCCCCUGUUCUACUUCUUACCACAGCUCUGGUUUGCACUCGGGAGACAGUGUCACAAAAGCAGGACCUCUGGGCCUUCCGGAAAUCAGACAAGUGCCAACGGUUGUGAUUGAAUGUGAUGACAAUAAAGAAAAUGUGCCUCAUGAAUCAGACUACGAAGACUCUUCUUGCCUGUACACAAGAGAAGAGGAGGAGGAGGAGGAAGAGGAUGAGGAUGACGACAGUUCAUUGUAUACCAGCUCCCUGGCCAUGAAGGUGUGCAGGAAGGACUCCUUAGCCAUCAAGCUCAGCAACAGGCCCUCCAAGCGAGAGCUGGAAGAAAAGAACAUCCUUCCCCGGCAGACGGAUGAGGAGCGACUGGAGCUUCGACAGCAGAUCGGCAGCAAGCUCACCAGGCGACUGAGCCAGAGGCCGACUGCGGAGGAGCUGGAGCAGAGGAACAUUUUGAAACCUCGGAAUGAACAAGAGGAACAAGAGGAGAAGAGAGAGAUCAAGAGGAGGUUAACUCGAAAGCUCAGCCAGAGGCCCACAGUGGAGGAGCUUCGGGAACGGAAGAUCCUUAUCCGCUUCAGCGACUACGUGGAGGUGGCCGACGCUCAGGACUAUGACCGCAGGGCCGACAAGCCCUGGACCCGCCUCACCGCUGCCGACAAAGCUGCCAUUCGGAAGGAGCUCAACGAAUUUAAAAGCACUGAAAUGGAAGUUCACGAAUUGAGUAGACAUUUAACAAGGUUUCACCGACCUUAACAGUCGAAUUCCUCUUGAGUGCUAUGCUGUCUUCAAAACAUAAAUUUAUAAGAACCAUAA